UCGUAUUUCUUUCAGCGUAUUUAACUCUUGGUUGCAAACUUGUUUUUGGUCAAUUCAUUUUGAAGCACUGUGGACUUGGUUUCAGAAUUGAACUUGAAAAUGAAUCCAAAAUCAGUGCUGAUCACGGGAGCUAAUAGAGGCAUCGGGUUGGAAUUCGUGAAGCAGUUUCUACCUCUGAAGCCAACAUAUUUAUUUGCAACAUGCAGGAAUCCAGAUGCCGCUUCGGAUCUCCAGGAACUGCAGAAAACGAAUUCCAAUAUUCACAUUUUGAAAUACGAUGUAUCAAAGCAUGCGGAUCACGAUGAAUUGGCCAAAUCUGUUUCUGAUAUUUUGAAAGACCAAGGACUUAAUUUACUGGUUAACAAUGCUGGAGUGCUCACCAGAAUAUCCGCUCUAAAUGAUGUGACCGCCGAAAUGAUGAUGAACGAUUACAAUACAAAUUGCAUUGGACCCCUGCUGUGUGCGAAAGCUCUCAUGCCGCUCCUCGAAAAGGCAGCCGAAGAUUGCAAAGAUACACCGGUCAGUUGUUCACGCGCGGCCAUCAUUAAUAUUUCCACCAAAGUAGCUUCAAUAGCUGACAAUGCAAAGGGUGGCAUCUACCCUUACCGUGCUAGUAAAGUAGCCCUCAACAUGGUUUCCAAGAAUUUAUCAAUUGAAUUUGGUUCCAAGGGGAUACUGAUAGCACUUUUGCACCCUGGUCACGUGAAGACGGACAUGGGUGUUGCUGGGAAUACUACAACUCUGGAAAGUGUAUCUGGAAUGAUGAAAUGUAUGGACAGUUUUACUGAGCAAGACCAAGCGACGUUCAGGGACUUCAAAAAUGAAAUCAUCCCUUGGUGAAUAAGUUCAAUGACUGAAAAGGUGCUUGACUGACUUCAAAUUUCCAAACUCAUUAGUCUCUUUGAAAUAUUUUGAUAUAAUAUGAAAAAUGGUGUUAUUGAAGCUCCGUGAAAUCUCGGGAGCUAAGGGGAGAAAAUUAUUUUUAUAGUGAUGCAAUCCUCGAAUUUCAGGCAAUUGUAAAUUUAGUUUUAUCUGCUGUAGUAAACGCUUGAACGAAAUUUUCCUUUGCAAAAGAAAAGGAUGUACUCUGCUGUACUUUAUUACCGGGAGUUUUUUUUUCAUUGCGGGGGUCCCUAUAAUUAAGGAGUUCAGAGUACGAUCCGCGAAAUGUUUUUGGCGCUAGCAAAUUUAACUACGAUGCGGAGAUGAUGAAUGACGUAUAAUGCCUAAAUAACUUUCGGCUUGUAUAAGAAGCGACAUGGAAACGCUCUAACACUAAUGUAAUAGCUCAAUAAGCUCCAAAAUUUUGCAGCUGAAACUAAUCCGAUAUUUUUUUAGAUUGUGGGAUAUAGAGGGGAGUAUCAAAAUAGAUUUUCUAGCGGCAGAGACUUUUUGUCAAUCGGGGUUCCUGUAGAAAUGUGACUGGUUUUAUUUCCUUUUUUUUUAAAAAAUGUUUUCUGUGUUAGAUUUUCAACAUAAUUCUGAAGUAUUAAAUAUUAAUGUCCAAUUUAGUUGCAAAAUCGGGGAGUUUUGACAGCGAGCAGUGUUUUUAUCACUCCUCUGGGAAAAAAUUGCCAAACGUAAAUGAACUUUUUGGCUCGAUUUAGUUUAAAAGGGCGUCAGCGUAUUGAUUUGGACAUCACUAGUCGAAGAGGUCUGAGGGGUUCGAGAGGUAGGGUAGACGUCUAAUGGGCACAAUGAGUGGUUUUGUCUGUCCUUUUCAUUGGGACUUUUCACUUUUUCAAAUGAAUUAUGUUAUGAGUUGAUUUUGUAACUAAAUUGCCUAUUUAGUUAGCACUGUUGGAUAAAUCAAAUCUUUCUUUCUUUCUUUGAAGUGAAUAUGGUGUUUUCCCUAUUAAAUCUGGAAAUUUAAUUACUAUCAAUUA